AAAAGCCCCAGUCACCAUAGCUCCAACGCUCACUGCUGCACAGUCUGCACACUGACAACGCAAACUCACUGUCAGCAGACGUGAGAACCCCUUUUUGUGGUCCUUUGUUGAAGAAACUGAAGAUGACUUAACUUCGAGAGAUUCUCAGCUAGCCAGAAUUGGCUGCAGCGGGAGGUUGUACUCUGCACCAUCUGAGGGCUGAUCUGCAGAUGGGAUGUCCUCCAACGCCCGCCCUAUUGGCUGUCUGUUCCUUAACCAUGCCUAAGAUGGUCGCCCUUGGCCUUUUCUUCUGUUGGACCAAUCUGGAGCAUAGCUGCGCGUUACCAUGGUGAUCAUUCUUUCAAAAACGUUGGAAAAAAAGGCUGUCAAUGAUGUAAGGUGCACGCAAAGCGAAAGACUACUGGCUCCUCAACAGCGGAAGCUCCACGCCAUGAGCAGAGGGACCACCCUCUUCUCCCGUGGAACUGUGGAGGCCGAUCGGUGGAUUGACAUGGGCAGAGACUGCAGCAUUCAGCAGGGUCCCCCCUGCCAGUCUGGCUCUAGUCUGGAGCGCCUGUGGGCCGCGUUUCCCGACCAGUGCCAGCAGAAGAGCGGGGACAGAUUUGGCGAGGUGGGCAGCAGUCCUGCCAUCACCAGCCUGAUCCAAGACCUCAGCCUGGUGGACGGCCGAGUCGCCAGCCCCCCUUCCCAGGAGACGUCCCCCUCCGUCCCCAACCCCGCCGUCGUAGCGCCCCCCAUAAAACGCCAGUGUCGCUCUCUGUCCCUGUCGGACGAGUUCGUCGGCUGCCGCUCCUCGUGGCGGCCCCAGGGGUCCCGCGUGUGGACCACGGUGGAGAAGCGUCGGUGUCACAGCGGGGGCAGCGUCCGGGCCGGGGGCCCGCUGGCUGUGCCUUUGUCGGGCGGCCAUUUCCCCGCCAUCCAGCGGAGCUUCAGCUUCAGCCUGCCCUCGCGCUCCUGCGUCCUGUCGGAGGGUGCGGCGCUAGAGCUGCCCUGCUUCACCCAGGGCCUGGCCUUCCAACCGCUGUUCACUGCCUCGCCGCUCUCCCCCAAGACCCCCCCGCCCUCGCUGUACGGCCGGGAGCAGGACCACUCCCCCGGGCAGCUCUCGCUCUCCCAUGAGCACAUCAGCCUGUCAGAAGCCCAGACGGAGGAAGAGGAAGAGGAAGAGGAAGAAGAGGAGGAGGAGGAGGAGGAGUUGGAGGAGACCUCGGAUGCGAGCUCCCAGGACUCCACCCCGGAGCUGGGGAGACGCGUCGGGGGACUCUCCAGGAGCAGGUCCCAGCCCUGUGAGCUCAGCGACAAGAAGAUAGGGAUGAAGCGCAGGAGGCCCGAGGACACCCAGGAACCACGGCCCUCCCUGGACCUGGCCAAGAUGACUCAGAAUCUCCAGACUUUCCAAACCUUGAGCUCCUUCGGACCAACAACCCCAACCACCACCUCCACCCCCGGCACCACCACCAUGCAGAGCUACCAGUGGAGCCCCUGCAACCCGUCGCACGGGACUCCCGGGCGGGGACGCUCCAGCUUCACCUCCAUGUCGGGACCGGUGCCGCCGGAAGACCGGCAGGGAGGGGCCGCGCUCCAAGAGGACGACUGGUCCUGGGAGGGGGAGGAGGACAGCGGCGUCUCGGCCUGCAGCGUCGGCUCCCGGUCCCGCUCGCCCGUGGACAUGGAGGAGGACACUGACCACGCCCUCUGGAAGGGCGCCUUCCAGGGUACACGGGGCCGUGCGGUCCACCUGGGCGGAGAGCUUGACCUGGACCAGAUCGAAAGGAACUGACCGACAGAGGGCCGCAAUACGGGUGGGGGCAGGGGGGGAGACUUGGUGGAUUGGACUGCAGAAUGAACGCGUGAAAAGUGAAAGUUCUUAAGGAUAGUUGGUAUGUGUCGCGGGGCGAAGAAGUGAAACGAGGAACGGAAGGUAGAACGAGAAGGUUGCAUAGAGCGAAGUUGGUUUGAUGGGAAUGAUGCACAGAGUGUGGUAUGGUAUAAGGUUUUGGUUCAAGUAUGUUGAAAGAAGGAUUAGAAAGUGUUAAAGCGUUAAUGACCAGGCAGAUUUCACCUAUCCCCCCCUCCCCUGCACACAGCCUGAAACCGGUUUUGUCAGUGGCCUGAAGCAGCCAACAGGGCCCGACUAGGACGAGGUAGUCUUACGUAAAGUCCUGAGCCUUACUCUGUCAAUCUGAAGGGCUCUUCUUGAUGAUCUUUCCCAGGGUUGUAGCACUGUAGCAUUAGCAUCAUAAGCAUUAGUUGUAGCAGGGCUCUCUGAGAUACAGCCCCUGUGUUAUUUGUAUGUUCCAGACGGGGGGAAACUGAGCAGGCUGGAGAGCGGGUCAAUCAGACCAGCCUAACUUGUUAUUAUUUGCAGUUCCCCGUUCUCUUUUUUUUUUUACUCAAUCUGUUUUUUUAAAUAUAUAUAUAAAAAUACAUAUACACACGGGGGAGAGGGCGGCUUUCUGAAUGUAAAUAGGCUUCAAGAGUAUAGAAAAUGACAGACGGCAUCUCACGCUGGAUGCCAUCUCCCGGUUCACCUCAGAGAAUCCAGCAUGAAUGCCACACCUUUCUGACAAAUGUCUAGUUUCUUAAUAUGCAAAAUGUAUAUUUGAAUAAUACACUGAAUUUCUAGGUUCAUCUCUAAUAUCAAUGUUUAUUUUUCUAAGUGAUUUCUUUUAUAAAUGACUUGUGAAGGAGACGGAAUACAAGACCUUUCUUUGAACGGAUUGGGCAUGAAAUAAAUUGCAAAACUGGAAUC